GCUACUCUUGGAAACAGUUACUCGCGUGUGCACAGGAGUGCUGUGGGCUGCAACUCUUCCUUUGACUCGAAAAAACAGAAAGCGAGAAAGCAACCUGAGCUGGGCUGCUACUGUCAGACGGGGUUGGGGGACAGUCAUCUCCAACUGCUCCUGCUGUUGUUGCUGGUGUGUUCAGUGUAGUGUGGACUUUCUCACGUUUCGGUGGAUCUACACACACACACGCAUUCAGGAGCGUGCAUGCCUGAUACUACCCCCGCCUCUCUUGCUACCCACUCUCUCUGUGGCACAUACAUACACACACACUCCGAAGGAGCGACAGUGUGUGAGUGGUGGAUCGCAUCGUGUGGAGAGCGUUGAAGAGAGGAGACCAGAGAAGAGAGGAGCGGCGGCAGACUCUACCAUGCCAGUGCAGGGAGAAAGGCUGAAGGGCUGUUUGUCUCUCUGCUUCUGGAGCUGGAGUUCUCUACUAUUGCUUGGACUGUUCUCUCUACAUGCUCGAGGACACGGCAACAUAUUGGACAGUAUGCUGCUAAGCACAUCCAGUAAGGAGGCAGCAGAGAGUGGGAAGGAGACUCUUGGCAGCACAGCUCCUGCUUCAUCCUCCCAAAGACUCCUGUGGUGUCACUGUAAUCACCACUGUCCAGAAGAUUCGAUCAAUAACACAUGCAGGACGGAUGGCUACUGUUUUACCAUGGUGGAGGAGGAGGGAGGGGUGCCGGUCCAGACGGCAGGCUGCCUUGGGCUAGCCGGAUCAGAGUUUCAGUGUAGAGACACGGGGAACUCACUUCAAAGGAGAACACUAGAAUGCUGUACAGAUGAAGAUUACUGUAAUAAAAAUCUGCAUCCUACACUGCCACCUCUUAAACCACCUCUCUACGUAGAUGGGAAGAUCCACCACAUGGCCCUGUCGAUUUCAGUCACUGUAUGCACCCUUAUAUUGGGCAUCAUUAUUGUUUUCUGCUACUUCAGGUAUAAACGGCAGGAGUCUCGUCCUCGGUACAGUAUUGGUCUCGAACAGGAUGAGACCUACUUUCCUCCUGGAGAAUCUCUGAAAGACUUGAUAGAGCAAUCACAAAGCUCUGGCUCAGGCUCAGGGCUCCCUCUAUUGGUCCAGAGAACGAUAGCCAAGCAGAUUCAGAUGGUGAAGCAGAUAGGCAAGGGGAGGUACGGAGAGGUGUGGAUGGGCAGGUGGAGGGGGGAAAAGAUUGCUGUUAAAGUUUUCUUCACCACAGAGGAAGCGAGUUGGUUCAGAGAAACUGAAAUCUACCAGACUGUCUUAAUGAGACAUGAGAACAUACUGGGUUUUAUAGCUGCAGAUAUUAAAGGAACUGGCUCUUGGACCCAACUCUACCUAAUAACAGACUACCAUGAAAAUGGCUCAUUGUAUGACUACCUCAAAUCGACCACUCUAGACAAUAAAGCUAUGCUGCGACUGGCCUACUCCUCUGCGUCAGGACUCUGUCACCUCCACACAGAGAUCUUUGGCACCCAGGGCAAACCUGCCAUUGCUCACAGGGAUCUGAAGAGUAAGAACAUACUUGUGAAAAGAAAUGGGACAUGCUGUAUAGCUGAUCUAGGACUGGCUGUCAAGUUAAUCAGUGACACAAAUGAAGUAGAUAUCGCUCCCAAUACAAGAGUUGGUACAAAGCGCUACAUGCCUCCAGAGGUUCUGGAUGAGACCUUGAACAGAACUAAUUUUCAGUCUUACAUCAUGGCUGACAUGUACAGCUUUGGGCUCAUUCUCUGGGAGAUUGCACGUCGCUGUAUCUCAGGAGGAAUCCUUGAAGAGUACCAGUUACCAUACCAUGAGCUGGUUCCAACAGACCCUUCAUAUGAAGACAUGAGAGAGGUGGUCUGCAUCAAGAAGCUGCGACCAUCCUUUCCUAAUCGAUGGACCAGUGAUGAGUGUUUGAGACAGAUGGGGAAGCUGAUGACAGAAUGCUGGGCCCACAGCCCAAGCUGCCGCCUCUCAGCCCUACGGGUCAAAAAGACACUUGCCAAAAUGUCAGAAUCACAGGAUAUCAAGCUGGGAUAAAGCGCUGCCUGGUGUGUGUUUACGCACAUAUAAAAGGCAGGUACUAACACUGGCUCUGGUCUAGGCCAACAAGCUACAAGCUGGGUUUUUUUGGGGGGAAAAGGAGGGGGGGCAGGAAGCAGAAGAUCACUUAGAUCACAUACUUGUGAGUCCAAAUGCCCAGAACUCUGCAAAGUCCCCUCAAAAACAAUCAGACUUAACUGUACAUGGCCCACUUCUGUCUUUAAAAGAAGAUGAGACAAUUAAAUUUCAGACUAGCCUGAAGACUCUAAAGCCAGAUAUAGGUUCCUGUUCACAUGCUCCGAAAGCCUCGGAGAAAGAGACUUCAGUUUGACUUGGCACUGUACCUGCUGAGAUACGCAAACGGGCUACUGACCAGUGAGUGGAAGACUAUAUGAUUGCUUUCUGUGAAAGCUACCUUACCUGUAGAUGAAGGUCUGAUUAAUAGAACCGAAGAGAUGUGCAUCCAGGCAAUCUUCUUGCAGCAUUACACUUCCUUUCUAAACACUUCCUUGGAUUGAACACAAUUUUGUCGCUUUUAAAUAGCUUUAAAUUGCUUUUGGUUAUGAUAAAUGACACUGUGACAGAAAUAAACAUAUUUUGAAGGUGUGCAAGUUUUGAUUAUGGUGAUACCAUUUGUAGACACUGAAGAAAUGGUAAAUUUGUUUUGUGGGUUAAUGAGAAUACCAAACGUUUUCCAUGUACAACUUUAAGGUAAAAACUGCUUCACACCAACUGUACUGUGAAGUUUUGCUUGAUAAUCUAGUGAUCCGUUAUAAAUGUGUGGAUUUCUGUUAGUUUAGGGGUACCAAAAGUUGCCUGUCAUUAGGAAUCACUAUUAUUCACCAAUUCCCAAUGACUGUGGCUCCCGUAACAAGGCUAAAGAUGGAGAUGUGUAUUUAAAGCAGUGGGUUUAAAAAUAUUCCCUUAUAGUGAAACAGUGACUGGUUCAAGAAAGCACCCAAGCCUUACCCAAACUUUUAAACCACAAGUAGUUAACUUGUUGACUCAAUGAGAUCAUUAGUUCCUCGUUACCAGGCUCGCUGAUACAUGUAAAUUUAAAGUAUGUGUUAAAAUAUUUCAGCAUAGUAAACCAGUUCUGUCACAAUAAAAGCAAAUGGCACUUUGGCACUGAUGAAAUCAAUUAAAUAAUCCAGUUUCCAUUAAGCAAGUUCCUCCAUUAAUUCAAACUCUCAUAUAGAAACCUUCCACUAUUGGGAAACUUAACCAGCCUUGCUGCCUCAUAAUGAAAUAUUUCCCCAGGUAAAUCCAUUAUCACAGUUAGCGGGCUUGUUAGGUCUUCCACAGCGGUCUGCUGUCACAUCAGUGCCAUCUGAGAUUUCCCUGACUGGCUUAUUCUAUUUUAUUUUAUUUUUUAUAAUUCCUUAGCAAUAUAAUUUCCUUCAGAGGUCUCUGAAUUUCAAUCUUGCUCUUGUCAACAAAAACUGUUUUUUUUUGUUAUGGAUGGAGGCUUUGGUGUGGCAGAUUUGUUGUGAUAUACAGUUAAAUGCCCUUUCUUUCCUUUUGGGUGUUGUGCCUUAUUUGAUGUUUCUGCUGUAGUUGUCCGUGAGAGAAAGUGGUGUUUUUAUUCAGUAAAAGGUUGAACAUUCCCCCAAUAAAGUGCUUCACUCAUCUA